UUUGAACUGACAGCCACGGAUUUGAUGGGCUUCGCGACGUCGUUCAUAACCAAGUUGAGAACAAGAAGAUGAGUCUUUUGUAGGUGAAGGAGGCCGGUUCACAAGAAGUUAUGUCCACAGAGGGUCGGCCUAGUCGCGUCGAGAAUGUCGAAAAUAACGAGCAGACAUCGCUCUUAGGCGGAAACCUAGACAGUUGGACGCCCCUUUGGCAGCACGACAAUGCAUGGAUCCGAUUACCAGCACAGCUUACGCUGAGUCCUGCAAGAUAUCAUGUACUGUUUUCAAUGCUUUUUAUCAGUACGGGAAUACCCUUGUGUAUCGGACUGAGCCGUAAAGAGCUUCCAUGGCCUCUGCUUCUUCUCGACAGCUUUAUUCUCAUAGCAUGGGCGAUCUUCUCGCGCCUUGCAUAUAACUUAGAUGACGAAGACAUCUUCUGACCAUAAUGAUUAUAUCAAGCACUUGCGUAAAUGAUUGCUGAGACAAUGUCUCUCGUAUGGCUGCAUUCCAGAAAACAUGUUGACCGAUGUAUGUUUCAUCGAUGACGACCUUCUGAGAGAUAU